AUGAACUCGAGUCACAGCAAUGCUGCCUGCGGUCCCACCAAGUACCAGAACCUCCCCAAGUUCGCCGCCGGCGCCACGAGGGUGGUCCUGUCCCACUCGUUUGACCACAGUAACAUCACCCACGACACGUUCAAUCGGACCGUCAGCGGCAACCUGACGAUGAUGAGCACGCCGCUGAACCGCCGACGAACCUGGGCGCCGCCGCAGAAAGCCGCUAGCCACUUACACACCCGCAAACCCGACUUGCCCCACCCGCUGUCGAAGAAGGGGCGACUAAUCAAGCUGAAACUCCUCAAUUUGACCCAGCUGCUGAAGGAGCGAGUAGUGCUGGUGCGGCGAGACCCGCUGUUUGUCAUUCACCGGCCGCUGCCGAUGGCAGGCUACGAUUACCUGGCGUUUGCCGCCGCCCCGAUACGCGAAUCGCAGGUAGCAGCGUGGCAACUGGCGGAGCGAGUACUGAAGAGCCUUAUUUUUGGCAGCGAUCUGAGCAGCAGCGACGACGACGAUAGCAUGGCCAUCGACGACGACGAGCCCCCAGUGGCGCCACUGCCCCCAAUUACAAAUGCUGCUACCACUCUGGGCCCAGAAGCCAUCAUCAAAGCAAUCCCAGGGUACACUAAAGACGAACUACAGGUGGUGCUUAGUGCUGCCACUGAAGCUGACGCCCAGCGCAACGUGCUCGAACACAAACGCCGCGUCCACCGCCACCACGAACACAUCUUUGCCCAGCUGGCCACGGUCAACCACAAGCGCCAGGUACAAAUCGACCAGAAGCGCGAGGUGUACACGCGGAUAUUUGGCGACGCUAACCGCCUCAACCACGAGUACAUCACUAAUAACCUGUUCUACCUGGCCAUCGACAACCUGGCCGACAUCCACCAGCUGUUCCACGAAGACAAGCUGGAGGUGACGAGCAUUGUCGCCGAAGAGAAGGCGUUCCUAGCCGCAUUGGCAGAGACGGCGAGGUCGUUUGCGUCGCAGCACUGUCCGUCACGAGUUGAAGCACCCGUGGUGGACCUGCCGACGAAACAGCGGCGCCGCUCGCCACCCCCGAUAGCCGACGACGAAGUCGACUACGAAAAAUUACAGGGCAUGAUUGCCCGCAAACUAGACUCCUCGUACUCGAGGACGGUGAACGAUGACGUCGAUCAGGACGAGCCUGAUGUGUCUGACAUUAGCAUUGAGGAGUUGAACGACGAGCUCCAAGGUUACGUGUGCCGCCAUCUCCGGGCCCGCCUUCGUAAUUAG